AUGAAGGGAAGCACUGGAGCUAAGGAUGGUAACUCGAAGAAGAGGAUGUCAAGUAGAAAACUAGGAAAGUUUCUCAAGGAGCAGAAAGAAAGACGUUACAUUAUGAGAAGAUGUGUAGUCAUGCUACUUUGCUGGCACGACUAA